UCUCUUAUUUUCUUGGAAAUCUAACUCCUUUUAUGUUUUUUGGAUCUGGGUUUAUCGUCUUAAUGUCUGAUAUGAUCCUUUUUCAGUUGAUAAUUGAAAACAAUGUUGGGCAUCGCAAAGCAGAGAGUCGCAUCCGCAGGGAUUGGAGCUUCGAUUCUAGAGCAGUCUUUGGGGAGGAUUUUGAUCCAUCAUGCUCGCUCUAUUACCUCCAGAAACUAUUCAUCUCCUGUGAAAGAGAUUACAGUCCGGGAUGCUUUGAAUUCUGCCCUUUUUGAAGAAAUGGCUGCAGACCCAAAAGUUUUCUUGAUGGGGGAAGAGGUUGGAGAAUACCAGGGUGCAUACAAGAUUUCUAAAGGUCUUUUGGAGAAGUUUGGUCCAGAAAGGGUUAUUGAUACUCCAAUAACAGAGGCUGGGUUUGCUGGGAUGGGCGUUGGAGCUGCUUACUAUGGUCUGAAGCCAGUUAUUGAGUUCAUGACCUUCAACUUCUCUAUGCAGGCAAUAGACCAUAUCAUUAAUUCUGCCGCGAAAUCCAACUACAUGUCUGCUGGACAAAUAUCUGUGCCUAUGGUAUUCAGAGGACCAAAUGGUGCUGCUGCUGGAGUUGGGGCUCAGCACUCUCAGUGUUAUGCAGCAUGGUUUGGCUCAUGUCCAGGGUUGAAAGUUCUGUCCCCUUACUCCUCAGAAGAUGCUCGAGGUCUUCUUAAAGCUGCUAUUAGGGACCCUGACCCUGUUGUCUUCCUUGAAAACGAGUUGCUAUAUGGUGAAUCCUUCCCUAUUUCGGAAGAAGCUCUUGAUUCUAGUUUUGUUCUUCCUAUAGGCAAAGCUAAGAUAGAACGUGAAGGUAGAGAUGUUACCAUUACUGCCUUCUCGAGAAUGGUUGGAUUUGCUCUCGAGGCAGCUAAAAUCCUUGAAAAGGAAGGAAUUAGUGCUGAGGUAAUAAACUUGCGGUCAAUUCGUCCACUUGAUAGAAAAACCAUAAAUGCAUCAGUUAGAAAGACCAACCGACUUGUAACCCUUGAAGAAGGGUUCCCUCAGCAUGGAGUUGGAGCUGAGAUCUGUGCCUCUGUAGUUGAGGAAAGUUUCCAGUAUCUUGAUGCUCCAGUUGAGAGAAUUGCAGGAGCCGAUGUUCCUAUGCCUUAUGCUGCUAAUCUCGAGAGAUUGGCUGUGCCUCAGAUUGAGGAUAUUGUUCGAGCUGCAAAGAGAGCCUGCUACCGAUCAUCAUCAGCUAAAAUUGCUGCAACUGCAUAAGGCUGAAAGACUUGGAUGAAGUUAUUUGCAUUCUCUUAUCCAGAAAACUCACAUUUUUAUUGUAAAUGUCGAAUUUCCUUAAUUUGCCGGUUUUUGUUUGUUUGUUUCGGUUACAUUGAUCAUAGACAAGCCAACCUAACAAAACAGUCGGCCAAAUGGUGCCAAUUUGUUACCGAGGUUUCUUUCUAAUAAAGAGCAAAGUACUUUUAUGAAACUGGUUACUUGCUCUGUUUGACAAACAGUUCAAUAUAAGGUUCAUUUAUAUUGUUU